AUGUCCAACCCAACCUGGACAAUCACGAGUACCAAGCGCAAGACCAAGUCCGCGACGCCGUUCUCGCGCAAACGACCCCGACUCAAUGACAUCAAGGGCAAACUUGGCAGCAGCCGGCGGCCUGGGGACAGUCAACAAACCUUGACUCAAGCCCAAUGGUUGACGCCGCCAGCUACUAGUUUUGAAGAGGAGGAGAUCGUAUGCUCAGAACCAACCGAGAAGCCACGCAGUACGGCAAAGUCGACGACGACAGACCGGCGACGGCCACUAAAGAAGCGCGAUUCGACUCUCACGCAGAUGGAUUUCCUCAGCUUUCCUCCCCCAGACGACGCAGACUUUGACGAUACCAUGCUCCCGCCGGCGGAACCAAAAAUCCGAGCCCUGCCGCAACUUGACGGCACCUACGACAGUCCAAGAAAACCGCGGAAACGGAAAGCAACACCAAGCAUGGCAGCCCCGCCAGCUAAGAGGAAGGAUGUGCCGAUGAACACAGAGAGCCAAGACUACCAGCCCAGCAGAAGGAAAAGGAAGGUCGAAGUUGAAGAUGAAGAGCCUUCCAGCUCGUCAAGGCGUGCCUCUAGGCGCCUGGCAACGAAGAAAGAGGUGUUCUCUGAUCCUGUCCAGAACCUGGCUUAUUUUGAAGAAGCCUUUGGGACUACCACGCCACAGAAUGAACAGCAUAAAGAAAAAAGAGGAGCCUCACUGGGCUAUCCGCUGGAAAUCAAGGACUCGCUCGACGACGACGACGAUUUGAUUUACUCUGGGCCGACUUCACAUGAGCCAACGCUGCUGCCAAAAACGCCCAAGAAAAACCGCGCAAUCGUGCUGUCAAGUCAGUCUCCCGAGAGCCUACCCCCUAGCACACGAAGGACCGACCGCAGAACAACCGAACUUCCAACGGUGUCACAAAGAACUCCAUUAGCCGAGCGGUCGGUAAAUAUUCCUCUGGGACCAGUGUCGAAGCUUUCUCCUAGAAAACCCCGUCGAGUUCGUAAGCGUUCCGCUAAGAAGAAGCAGAAGAUUGUCACCUUGAAACUGCCAAAGAGGACGGAGCCUCGGAGGAGUCCACGAGUCGAAGACUCUCAAAUAGACCUGUGGUCCAUUCCUUUGUCCUCAUCGCCUCGUCAAGCAGGGCAUAGGACUGGAACGGGGAAGUUCCCUCAACAGGCACAGAACCCAGUUCAAGUCGCUAGACAAAUGAAUGAGGCCGAGAUACCGGCAACCAGCCAGCCACAGAAUGUUCAAUCCAGUCCUCCAGAUACCGAACCUCAAGACACCCUUCCAGAUAUCGUGGAGCUUCUUGGGCCAAUUGUACCAGAGGAAUGUGCUGGAAUGCAAGCAGAGAAGACAGGAGAGCAGCAAGGAACUCUGACACGCGAUGCAGCAGCUGAGCCGAUUGUGCGUGACUUCGCAUUCUCUCCGAUCAAAGAGAGGAUUGGGCACACCCGGGUGCCUCAUGAGGCCAACGAUUUGCCCUCAGAAAGCCGCAACUCGUCGAGAGACGAGGUGAUCUGUGCUGAGGAAGCUGAUGUCAAGGAUAUUGAUGAUGCUGAUUUUGGCUCGCCCAUCGCAAACGAUACGCAGUUCAGCGUUGCUGUAGAGUAUCGCAUUUCUUCUCCAGCACCUAUGGAACCUCUCAAACCAGCAGAUACCUUGUCUGUUGCUGCUCUCGAACUCUCGAUUCACAGUCCUUCCUCAACCGGACCGGAUAGAGCCAUGCCGAUGCCAACUCUGGCUGAGGAUGCAGAGCCCCUGCAGACACCUCUGCCAUUGCCACGGCUAGUCGAACAAUCUACAGCCAAAAGUCCAGCAAAAGUGGUACCGGACAGUGAAGAUGAAUCCGACGAGAUCUCUCUCCCGAACCAUGGCACUUCACAUCAGUCAAGCACCCAUGUCUCGACUACAAAAUUGCCUCUGAACGACAUUGGACACAGUUCCUCCUCAGCAUCACUGCUUUCCACAGAACCUGCAACUCCUAGAUCAGUCCAUCCGGCCUCCCUCCACCGCCCUUCCCAAAUGUCGACUCAAGAACCAACACAAGGCUACUUGAAUAUGGCUUCUUACCCUACACUACACGUCGAAGGAGGAAGUGACGAGGACAAGGCGGAAAAGAUCACUAUCAAGGAUUCCAGUUCAUGCCAUGUUUCAAUGACUCAACUGCCGCAAUAUAAUGGCCAAUCUCAAUCACAGGUCAACAUCGAUCUGGGACUUGACGAGGUAUUCCAUCCUGCAGAAGAUGAAGAUGGCGAUGAAGAGGAGGGCGACCUCGAUCUAGACCUUGAUCCUCCCACACUUAGACUUUCGAAGAAGCCUGACUUUGUCAUGAUCAACGACGACGAGGAGCUUGUGACACCGCGUCAACAACGAGCAGGAAGUCGCGCUGACCAAAACAAAGCCGCAGAUGUCCAAGUUGAGGAUGACGAUAUUGAUGACCACCACGAGCACCCUGGUGGGUUUUCGCAGAAGCGUGCCGUUGCUGACGACCAAUCUCCUAUCCGCUCUUCUCAGUCGAUAUCCAUACCUUCCUCGCCCAAUCCCCCGCAACUGACGAGAGAAUAUUCGCCUAUUCCGGGUUUCAACAAUGAGACGCAGUCGAAUUUCACGCAGAACGGACAUGUCACCGCGGCGUAUAUCCAUCGACAGCACGAGGCGGGGGUCUUGCCGAAAUGGUUCAUUCCACAGCCCUAUCAGGUGCCGGGGUAUACUAGGAGACGAUGA